AUGAACCAGUCCAAAAACAGUCACACAGGUCGGCCACCUCCGUUCCCCGGUAACACCGGGGACAAAGAGCGCUUGGUGGCUGGAUGUUUGCGCAGGGCGCGCUGGUUUGUGUUAACUUUGUCUUUCUCUCUCUGUGUCUCUAGGAGAGCUCUUCUUCUGUGUAUUCUACUUUACUGUACUUCUUUUGGAUUCACCCAAGUACUCUUUGAAGAUGUGGAUGUGUUGCAGCGGUUGGCUCUGCGUGCUGAGCUCGGUUCUCGUGCCGUUCCCGCUGGCGUCAUCUCCCUCCGCUCUGGAGUCAUCCUCACGACACGGGUACGAGUUACCACAGCGACACGUUCCGUGUUCCCACCAGAGCUCUUCUGGAACUGCACUCUCGUCCUGAGCGUCCGAUCUCACCGCUUAAACUCAGCAUUUCUCUUCUCCGUCCUAUCUGGGAAGCGAAUUCAACUCGGGCUAGAAAUUUCGCCCAGCAAGCUAACACUUCACGCCGGCCCUGGGAAUGCCGCGGUCUUUGCGUACAACCUCCACGACGGGCGCUGGCAUCAUCUAGCCUUUGUUUUAAACGGCCAAUCAGUGACCCUACACUCUCCCUGCUCGGAGAGCGAUGGCGGAGUUACACAGAAACUCCCCGUACUUCCCGAACGCCUGAACCCUCGUGGGACCUUCCGCUUGGGCGGCACCAGCGCUUUGCUUCCGGGUGUGGUACCCUUCGAGGGAGCGAUUUGCCAGUUUGACGUGGUGCCCUCGGCACAAGCACAGCAGAACUACUGCAGCGCUAUCCGCAGGCAAUGCAGAGAAAAUGACACCUACAGGCCACCGCCUCCCGCUCUACUUCCCCUCCCGUCCCGACACGCCCUACCACUAUUGGCCCACACGUUACCACCUAAUCGCACUUUCACUUUCACUCCCACUAAUUUCCUUUGGACAUCCAUAAAUGGUGCAGGAGGGUCUUCUGCUGUGAGAAUGGGCAACGGUGUACGACCAAAACCCACGUCUACCACACCUCCACCCCUUUCCUUGAUGCAAACAGGACUUGAAAAUCCUUUAUCAUGGGGACAUUUAAAUUCGGUCACCCCCAAACCUACUCUCAGAACACACAAAAGCCCCAAGCCGACUGCCUCAAAGCUUGGAGCGGUCUGGCUUACCCCUACAAAACCAGCCAGAUCCAGACCCACUCCAGGAAAAACGUCUCCAAAGCUUAGUGCAACAAAGCCUUCCGGACCAAAGCCCACAAUUGCUCGACCUACUUCUUCCAAACCUGGAAGUUCAAAAACAACUGGUGCCAAACCUACGCCACCAAAACCUUCCAAACCAGCAGCUGUAAAACCCACGGUAAAGAAACCAACUCUUACGCCAAAGCCCACCAAUAUCAACUCAACAAAGAAUACUUCUACUGGUGCUCAACCUAUCAAUCCUAACAAGAAACACAAUGCUAUUCUAAAACCGUUGUCCAACCCAGAACCGACCGCCACCAAAAGACCCUCGCCAGCCAACAAAAAGCCACUCCAGCCAAAAACCAGCACCCAACGCUCACCCCAAACCACACUCCCAACCCCAAAAUCUACCGCUGCCCUAAACCCUACACCCAAAAAAAGCCUUCCGAUGCCCAAAUCUGCUCCGUUCACCACCGCUGCACCAAACAAACCACCAAAAACUCUGGAAACCCCCAAAGUCAAUCCUGACAAGCUGAAAACACCUGUGCAUUACAUCACACCGGGCACUCCAAGGUUUUCCAUCCAAUCUGUGACUCUUCCGGCUUUCAACGAUUUCCAGAGCUUCGAAGCGGAGCCCACAUACUUUUCGCUUCUGGUUGGACCUCCGGGACAAAAAGGAGAUCCCGGGAAAAUGGGAAUCCCGGGACCUCCAGGGAAACCAGGGCAGCCAGGGCUGAGAGGACCUCGGGGCCCCCCAGGACCACACGGCAAGCCAGGUCGACCCGGUCUAACAGGGUUGAAGGGGAAGAAAGGAGACCCUGGUCUGUCUCCUGGAAAAGCACCAAAAGGAGAAAAAGGAGAUGUUGGUCUGUCUGGUCCUGUUGGUUUAGUCGCGCCGGAAGGCCGGAAGGGACAAAAAGGCCAUCCAGGACCACCAGGCCUUCCCGGGGAACCAGGGGAACAAGGUCCUGAUGGAGAAGCUGGAGCCAAAGGCUAUCCUGGCAGGCAGGGUUUACCUGGUCCAAUAGGGCCUGUUGGGCCAAAAGGGGCUCGGGGUUUUAUUGGAAUCCCUGGACUCUAUGGUUUACCUGGAGCUGAUGGUGAAAGAGGUAGUCCUGGUCCACCGGGGAAGAGGGGCAAGAUGGGUAGGCCGGGUUUUCCUGGUGAUUUUGGAGAGAGGGGCCCACCAGGACUGGACGGGGAGCCAGGUGUUAUAGGAGCUCCUGGUCCUCCUGGUGUCCAUGGAUUGAUUGGUGAUAUGGGCCCUGUCGGGAUUAUCGGUUUGCCGGGACCAAAUGGACUGAAAGGCGUCCCAGGGAACAUGGGCGAGCCCGGCCUGAAAGGUGAUAAGGGUGAUGUUGGGCUUCCUGGAGAACAAGGGGAAAUUGGGUUCUCAGGAGACAAGGGUGUGCAGGGUUUGUCAGGCUUACCGGGACCUCAUGGAAAACCAGGACCACAGGGUCUGAUGAGCAGUAAGGGUUUCCCUGGGGCUGUUGGACCUGAAGGAGUCAAAGGCGAGCAGGGUGUCACAGGAAAGGCUGGACCCAUGGGUGAGAGGGGUCUCGUUGGCUUCAUCGGCCCUGCAGGGGAGACUGGACUAGCUGGAGAGAAGGGUGAUCGUGGAGAGAUGGGAUUGCCCGGGCCUCCAGGAGAGAAAGGAUCUACCGGGCACCCAGGAACCCCUGGAGAGAGCGGCCCACCAGGACCACCAGGCAGUCCAGGCCCACCGGGAUCACGUGGACCCAUCGGCAUGAGAGGAGCUAAAGGAAGACGGGGUCCUGAAGGAAAACCUGGCAAAAAUGGCGAGAGAGGGAAGCCAGGGUUUAAGGGUGCCAAAGGUAACAUCGGCCACCUGGGAGAGACAGGAGCCAUGGGAAAGAUCGGACCAAUUGGAACCACCGGACCAAAGGGCUCUCGAGGAACCAUCGGACAUGUGGGUGCUCCCGGGCGUAUGGGGAUGCAGGGGGAUCCGGGCAUAUCAGGAUAUGAGGGUCACAAGGGACCUCAAGGUCCAGUAGGACCCCCGGGACCAAAGGGUGAAAAGGGUGAACAGGGGGAUGAUGGGAAGGUGGAAGGUCCUACUGGUCCUCCAGGACUCCAAGGUCCAGUUGGAAAGCGAGGAGACAGGGGCGAGCCGGGAGAUCCAGGAUACGCGGGUCAGCAAGGUGUUGAUGGCUUUCGAGGCAAACCUGGUGCUUCUGGACUACCUGGUGAUCCUGGUCCACGUGGGAUACAAGGCCCUAAAGGAUCCAAAGGAGAACAGGGUCAGAAGGGUAAACAGGGUCAGCAGGGAGAGCGUGGCAGCAGAGGCUCACCGAGUGUUGUUGGGUUACCCGGCCCAAGAGGCACAGUGGGCCGAGAAGGACAGGAGGGCGUUCCUGGCAUGGAUGGGAUCCCAGGGAAAGAUGGAAGCAGAGGAAUACCAGGCGAUCAGGGAGAUGAUGGCGAGUUUGGUUUGCCUGGUAAACCCGGUGCACCUGGCAAAGUUGGCGUUAUCGGUUUACCAGGCCCACAGGGAUCAUUUGGUCCAAAGGGUGAGAGGGGCCUUCCUGGUCACACCGGCCCUUCAGGAAAGAGAGGUUUUAAAGGAGGAAUGGGCCUUCCUGGAUCUCAGGGCGACCGGGGUCCUAAAGGCCAACCUGGUGACAUCGGGGAACCCGGCUUUCCAGGGAUGCUGGGAAUGUUUGGACCGAAGGGGCCUCCAGGAGACUUUGGACUGAAGGGCAUUCAGGGGCCCAAAGGGCCGCAGGGCAGCAUGGGUAGAGGGGGUUUAGCUGGACCUGUCGGUGUGAUUGGCCCUAUCGGUAGUCCAGGCCCGAGAGGAGACACUGGCAGCAAAGGAGGGAUGGGUGUUCAGGGACCUCGAGGUGCUCCUGGACCGCGUGGACGUCCUGGACCUCCGGGUCUGCCGCGAAUCCCACUGGCUUUGAAACAGGAUUUUGGUCUUGGAUUGGCCCAGCCAGUUUUUAUGGAGACGCACACACAGAAAAUAGAGGGUCGGGGUCUGAUGGACAUGCCCAUGUUGGAUCAGGCUCCAGAGAUCCUGCGGACUCUCCAAUACCUGAGCUCUCUGGUCCACAGCCUGAAGAACCCACUGGGCACACGAGAUCACCCCGCUCGACUCUGCAAAGACCUGCAAGGCUGCCGGGACACGCGCUACGAUGGCACUUAUUGGAUCGACCCAAACCUGGGCUGCUCCUCAGACUCUAUAGAAGUGACGUGCAAUUUCACCGGCGGCGGACGCACCUGCCUCAGGCCUAUCACAACAGCCAAGCUGGAGUUCAGUGUCGGACGCGUUCAGAUGAACUUCCUGCAGCUGCUGAGCGCCGGAGCGGAGCAACAAAUCACUAUCCACUGCUUGAAUGUGACAAUCUGGAGCCACGCCCCCUCUGAGCCUCCGUCCCAGAAUGCAGUUCGGUUCCAGGCGUGGACCGGAGAGACGCUGGAGCCGGAUGUGUUAGGAGACAACUGCUGGCAACUAAACGGGCGCUGGCAACAUGCUGACUUCCUGUUCCGGGUGUCGGACCCCACCUUACUUCCUGUCGUACGCAUAAGCAACCUACCAAAGACAACGGCCUCAUCGCGCUUUCACGUAGAAGUCGGACCUGUGUGCUUCCUUUAGUGUGUGUGUGAGAUUGUGAGUGUGUGUGUGCACUCGUCAAACACACACCGGCCCCGCCCACAGCCUGCCCCCUUCAGCAUUCAGCCACUGAUUGGACUGCAGAAACAGAGAGAGGUGGUGUGGGCGGGGCUUUGGGGGAUUUAGCACUAGAGACUCCUACAGUCUAAAGGAAAUCCCGCCUUUACCAGCCACGGAUGUCCAAUCAGAUUUGACUCCUCUAGAAAACAAGCCAAUCAUCUCGCAGGGAGGAACACUCAGGACAUCCGGGCCGGAGAAACUGCCAAACCCUCUGUCUUUCCUCUUCUCUUUCUAUCUCAGCCUGUUUUUUUGGUGCUUGCUUUCUUUCAAAUUAAUAAUAAUAAUAAUAAUGUUAUUA